AUGGUUGCUCACAUGAAAAAGAUUGAUAAGGCUUUGCAGUCAGAUACAACAGAUGAAGAAGAUGAGUCUGUUCAGUCAGAGGAGUCACAACAGUCUUAUGAUGAUGAAGAACAGAACUCAGAAGAGGAAGAAACAGAUGAAGACCCAUUCCUCUUAAAACAAGCCUUAAAAUCAGCAACAAAAAAGGCUGCAAAAUACAUUGGGAAAAAAAUUGAUAAAGCUUUGCAGUCAAGUGCAACAGAAGAAGAAAAUGAGUCUGUUCAGUCAGAUGCAACAGACCAGUCUUAUAAUGAUGAACAGGAAGAAAUAGAUAAAGAAGAGGAAGAAAUAGAUGAAGACCCAUCCCUCUUAAAAUCAGCAACGAAAAAGACUGCAAAAUACAUUGGGCCUAAGCAUGAACAUGCAAAAGACGAAACGGGAGAGAUAAAAGAAGAAGACUCUGUUGAAGGGGAAGAGUCUUCAGAGGCUACAGAACACCACCAUGGAGAUGAUCAUGAAGAUUUAAAAAAGGAUGGAAAACUUUUGCAUGAUCACCUGAAAAAGCAUCACCAUGAUGAGCAUGAGCACAAGAAAAAGGAUCAUGCUGAUGAUCAUGAUGAUCAUGGUGCAGAGCAUGACGAGCCUCAUGAGACAGAACAUCAUGAAGGUAAAAAACACCAUGGUGAAGAAGGUGAUGAAAAGAAAAAGCACCAUGAGACAGAGAAUGACGAAGAUCAUGAUGAAGAGAAACAGUUCCACAAGGCCAAACAUGAUGAAGAGAAAAAUCUCCAUGAUGUGGACCAUGACAAGAAAAAACAUGAUAAAGCUGAGCAUCAUGAUGAAAAAGAAGACUUUGUUAAAAAUGCAAAGCAGGACGAGGCCGAGCAUGGUGAAAAGAAAAAGCACGAUGAUAAAAAGGCAAAGCAGGACGAGGCCGAGCAUGGUGGUGAAGAGAAAAAGCCCCAUGAUAAAAAGGCAAAGCAGGACGAGGCCGACCAUAGUGAACAGAAAAAGCACCAUGAUAAAAAAACAAAGCAGGACGAGGCCGAGCAUGGUGAAGAGAAAAAGCGCGAUGAUAAAAAGGCAAAGCAGGGCGAGGCCGAGCAUGGUGAACAGAAAAAGCGCGAUGAUAAAAAGGCAAAGCAGGACGAGUCCGAACAUGGUGAACAGAAAAAGCGUGAUGAUAAAAAGGCAAAGCAGGACGACGCCAAGCAUGGUGAAGAGAAAAAGCCCCAUGAUAAAAAGGCAAAGCAGGACGAGGCCGAGCAUGGUGAAGAGAAAAAGCCCCAUGAUAAAAAGGCAAAGCAGGACGAGGCCGAGCAUGGUGAAGAGAAAAAGCCCCAUGAUAAAAAGGCAAAGCAGGACAAAGCCGAGCAUGGUGAAGAGAAAAAGCCCCAUGAUAAAAAGGCAAAGCAGGACGAGGCCGAGCAUGGUGAACAGAAAAAGCGCGAUGAUAAAAAGGCAAAGCAGGACGAAGCCGAGCAUGGUGACCAGAAAAAGCGCGAUGAUAAAAAGGCAAAACAGGACAAGGCCGAGCAUGGUGAAGAGAAAAAGCACCAUGAUAAAAAGGCAAAGCAGGACGAGGCCGAGCAUGGUGAACAGAAAAAGCACCAUGAUAAAAAGGCAAAGCAGGACGAAGCCGAGCAUGGUGACCAGAAAAAGCGCGAUGAUAAAAAGGCAAAACAGGACAAGGCCGAGCAUGGUGAAGAGAAAAAGCACCAUGAUAAAAAGGCAAAGCAGGACGAGGCCGAGCAUGGUGAACAGAAAAAGCCCCAUGAUAAAAAGGCAAAGCAGGACGAGACCGAGCAUGGUGAACAGAAAAAGCCCCAUGAUAAAAAGGCAAAGCAGGACGAGGCCGAGCAUGGUGAACAGAAAAAGCCCCAUGAUAAAAAGGCAAAGCAGGACGAGGCCGACCAUGGUGAACAGAAAAAACGUGACGAUAAAAAGGCAAAACAGGACGAGGCCGAGCAUGGUGAACAGAAAAAGCACCAUGAUAAAAAAGCAAAGCAAGACGAGGCCGAGCAUGGUGAACAGAAAAAGCGCGAUGAUAAAAAGGCAAAACAGGACGAGGCCGAGCAUGGUGAACAGAAAAAGCACCAUGAUAAAAAGGCAAAGCAGGACGAGGCCGAGCAUGGUGAACAGAAAAAGCGCGAUGAUAAAAAGGCAAAGCAGGAGAAGGCCGAGCAUGCUGAAGAGAAAAAGCGCGAUGAUAAGGCAAAGCAGGAGAAGGCCAAGCAUGGUGAAGAGAAAAAGCACCAUGAUAAAAAGGCAAAGCAGGACGAGGCCGAGCAUGGUGAACAGAAAAAGCGCGAUGAUAAAAAGGCAAAGCAGGAGAAGGCCGAGCAUGCUGAAGAGAAAAAGCGCGAUGAUAAAAAGGCAAAGCAGGACGAGGCCGAGCAUGCUGAACAGAAAAAGCGAGACGAUAAAAAGGCAAAACAGGACAAGGCCGAGCAUGGUGAACAGAAAAAGCACCAUGAUAAAAAAGCAAAGCAAGACGAGGCCGAGCAUGGUGACCAGAAAAAGCGUGAUGAUAAAAAGGCAAAACAGGACAAGGCAGACCAUGGUGAACAGAAAAAGCACCAUGAUAAAAAGGCAAAGCAGGACGAGGCCGAGCAUGCUGAAGAGAAAAAGCGCGAUGAUAAAAAGGCAAAGCAGGAGAAGGCCGAGCGUGCUGAAGAGAAAAAGCGCCAUGAUAAAAAGGCAAAGCAGGACGAGGCCGAGCAUGGUGAACAGAAAAAGCACCAUGAUAAAAAAGCAAAGCAAGACGAGGCCGAGCAUGGUGACCAGAAAAAGCGUGAUGAUAAAAAGGCAAAGCAGGACGAGGCUGAGCAUGGUGAACAGAAAAAGCAGCAUGAUAAAAAAGCAAAGCAAGACGAGGCCGAGCAUGGUGACCAGAAAAAGCGUGAUGAUAAAAAGGCAAAGCAGGAGAAGGCCGAGCGUGCUGAAGAGAAAAAGCGCGAUGAUAAAAAGGCAAAGCAGGAGAAGGCCGAGCGUGCUGAAGAGAAAAAGCGCGAUGAUAAAAAGGCAAAGCAGGAGAAGGCCGAGCGUGCUGAAGAGAAAAAGCGCGAUGAUAAAAAGGCAAAGCAGGAGAAGGCCGAGCGUGCUGAAGAGAAAAAGCGCGAUGAUAAAAAGGCAAAGCAGGAGAAGGCCGAGCGUGCUGAAGAGAAAAAGCGCGAUGAUAAAAAGGCAAAGCAGGAGAAGGCCGAGCGUGCUGAAGAGAAAAAGCGCGAUGAUAAAAAGGCAAAGCAGGAGAAGGCCGAGCGUGCUGAAGAGAAAAAGCGCGAUGAUAAAAAGGCAAAGCAGGAGAAGGCCAAGCGUGCUGAAGAGAAAAAGCGCGAUGAUAAAAAGGCAAAGCAGGAGAAGGCCGAGCGUGCUGAAGAGAAAAAGCGCGAUGAUAAAAAGGCAAAGCAGGAGAAGGCCGAGCGUGCUGAAGAGAAAAAGCGCGAUGAUAAAAAGGCAAAGCAGGAGAAGGCCGAGCGUGCUGAAGAGAAAAAGCGCGAUGCUAAAAAGGCAAAGCAGGAGAAGGCCGAGCGUGCUGAAGAGAAAAAGCGCGAUGAUAAAAAGGCAAAGCAGGAGAAGGCCAAGCGUGCUGAAGAGAAAAAGCGCGAUGAUAAAAAGGCAAAGCAGGAGAAGGCCGAGCGUGCUGAAGAGAAAAAGCGCGAUGAUAAAAAGGCAAAGCAGGAGAAGGCCGAGCGUGCUGAAGAGAAAAAGCGCGAUGAGACAAAGCAUAUAAUGCAUGAGCAUGAUCAUAAGAAGGCAACCAGAAAGAAGAUCAGGACUAAGAAGAAGCCUAAAAGAGUGAGAAUUCACCAUGUUCAACAUGAAGUAGAAAGUUCACCUUCUGAAAUGGACUCUUCAGACUUCGGGGAUUUCUCCCUUGUACCUUCCUUAGAUACAGUGAUAUCCAUUGCAAAAUGUUCUUGGAAAUGCCUUAAAAUUCUGACCAAGAUAUGCAACUAUGAAAACAUGAAGAAAGUAGCAAAGCUGUGCAAAACUGGUGGCAAGAAGUGCAAUCACCUGUGUAAGAAGAUAGAUUGGAAGAAGGGGGCAAAGCUUUGCAAGAAAUGCUGGCACAAGAUGAAUUGCAAAAAGGCAUGGAAGCUAUGCAAGAAAUGCUGGCACAAGAUGAAUUGCAAAAAGGCAUGGAAGCUAUGCAAGAAAUGCUGGCACAAGAUGCAUUGCAAAAAGGCAUGGAAGCUAUGCAAGGGAUGCUGGAAAAAGACAAAGAAAUUGUGCAAGAUGUGCAAAGGCUGCACGCACAAACUGGGAAAGGUAUGCUCGAAGGGAGCAAAGAAGUGCAAACCUGCUUGUAAGAAGUGCUAUCACAUCUGUAAGCAGGGGGUAAAGCUUUGCAAGAAAUGCUGGCACAAGAUGGAUUUCAAAAAGGCAUAUAAGCUAUGCAAGGCAUGCUGCAAAAAGAUGUGGAAGUUGUGCAAGAUGUGCAAAGGCUGCAUGAACAAACUAAGAAAGGUAUGCUGGAAGGGAGCAAAGAAGUGCUAUUCAGGACUAAAAUGGUGCUACAAGUGCUGCAAGAAGAUUCCAUUCAAGCAGAUGGCAAGGGGAUGCCAAAAGUGCUGCUCAUCAAUGUCAAAAGCAGCAGGAUAAAGCAACACAUACAAUUGUGUAAGAAGCAAACCCCACUAUAUAAGCGACCACAAGACAUAGAUACAAAGUGGAUGUAUUAUCUGGUGGCCAUGGGAAUUAGGGAAGAGGAGGUGGGCCCAGGCCCAGAUAUCUCACCAAGUUGUUUCAGAAAAGUAAUUUGGACUUUGAAGAAACAAAUCCAAUUGACUUUAACUUGGUGGACACUAUAAGACAUCCAGAAACCCGAGAAGCCACAUGAUUAACAUUUUUAGUUUUUUAAAUAAAUUUACAUACAAUUGUGUAAGAAGCAAACUCCAAAAUACAAGCGACCACAAGAAACAGUUACAAAGUGGAUGUAUUAUCUGUUGGCCAUGGGAAUUAGGGAAGAGGAGGUGGGCCCAGGCCCAGAUAUCUCACCAAGUUGUUUCAGAAAAGUAAUUUGGACUUUGAAGAAACAAAGCCGAUUUAACUUGGUGAACACAAUAAGACAUCCAGAAACCUGAGAAGUCACAUGAUUAACAUUUUUAUUUUAUUU